AUGGAUCCAAAGAAGGUACAAGCAAUCGCGGAUUGGCAGGCACCUAGCGGGAUCAAAGAAUUGAGAUCAUUCUUAGGGCUAUCUAAUUAUUAUCGCAAAUUCAUUGCUGGUUACUCUAAGAAGGCUGCGGCAUUGACUGAUUUGCCAAAGAAAGAUGUCAAGUGGGUGUGGUCUGAGAAGUGCACAGCAUUUCACACGUUGAAAGAUGCUAUUGAUUCAGAACCCAUUUUGAGGCUGCCAAACUUUGAGUUACCAAUUGUGGAGAUUUUGGCCUCCAUUUGGGCCAUCAAAGCUCCUAUAAUAUCAUUUCCCAAAGGUUGGGAAGUAGUACCUUCGGUUUCCCUGGAAAAUGUACCUACGAAGUGCAAAAAACAGCAAGCACAUUAA